GAACCUACAUCAGUCCUUCCGUGAAUUGAGGUGGCGCCCACCUUUGACUUUUAGUCUCAUGUAGCACCAGAGCAAAGCAGAAGCAAGUCCAUUCGAUCCGACUUCAAACACUUGAAAAGGUUAAAUUCCUUAUCCCACGAGGAUCGCCACACCACCACCAACGGGGCGUACCCCAGUCCCACUCGAUCCCCGCCCGAGCUUGGCUUUGGCCGACCCAAAUUUGGUGGCCAAGAAAACGUUCACAUCGCCAUUACAUUGCUGUCUUUGUGAGUAUGGCCGUGGCCGGAGAAGGAACCGGGCUUGAAGGGGAAUCUUCAUCUGUGAGCUACACAGAGGAGGAGGUCUCCUACAUCACCGAAGAGGACAGUGAGGACGAGGGAAAGCGAGUCGAGUGGCCGCCCCACGGCCACAAAGGCCAAGGUCAAGCAGCUGGGAACAACACCCAUAUCAAAACAUUUGCCGCGGAAAGCAUCUUCCACAACGAUAAACACAACAAAGAGUCGCUAGGAACUGGCCGAGAGGUGUUCAAGCCGGCCAGGAUGAAGACCGAGGAGAAAUGGAACCCAGCUAAGCAGAAUCCGGGAUUUCAACCACCGGCCAUUGACACCAGCAAGCCCAAGGCCAAAUUCCGGGACAUUGGAGACAUCAUGCAUACUGGAACAUCCAAGCACACUUCGUACCACAUUCCGCCAGGUACGUCUCGAACCAAGAAAGCUCAAGAAAUGUACAACAAACAUUUGGACGGAGUGAACAUCCCUCCGGAGACCAUGAUGACCACCCAGUAGCCAAAACCGCCCAUUGAACCCAAACACCCGCCGAUGGAUCCAAUCCGUUCUCCUUGGAGGACGCCCAUGACAUGAAGCAUAAUCGAAACAGUCGAGUCAAAAAGUGCCGUUUAUGAUACAUUACGCCGUAUUUUAUAGUUAACCCGUUUUUUUUCAAAUGUAUAACCACCAAAACUAA